AUGUUGUUAUUUAAACAAGUUUAUUUAAUACUUUGGUUACUUAUAACUUCGACCUUAGCUUUGGAUGUUACACUGAAUAGAGUUGAUAGAGGAACUAUCGAUUUGAAUGUGGGGGAUAUCACAAUUCACUCAGGAGCAUAUUGGUCUAUUAUUAAUAAUGCUGUUUCAGCUUUUGUUUCAAGUAUAGAUGUUCAAUCAAAUGCUGGUUUAUAUAUCUCAAGUAUAUCACCAUUACUAGCAUUACAAGUUACUUUGGCUGGUGUAUUAAAUUCAAUCAGAAAUGAUGGUAUUAUUUCGUUAAAUUCUUUGGCUUCUUUGACAUCAUCAACUUAUACUUUGGUUGGGUUAUCAUUUACAAAUAACGGAGAAAUGUAUUUAGCAUCAUCAGGGGUAGUACCAAGUGCAGUCAGUCUUACAUCAGCUACUUGGAAUAACAAUGGAUUAUUAGUUUUUUAUCAAAAUCAAAGAACCUCAGGAGCCGUUCUUUUAGGUACUCCAGCAUUAACUAUAAAUAAUAAUGGUCAAAUUUGUCUUCACAAUCAAUUUUAUCAACAAACAACCACAAUUGCAGGUACUGGUUGUUUCACUGCUGAUGUCAAUUCAUCAAUUUAUAUUUUCAAUGCAUUAUUAUCAGUUUCAACAGGACAAACUUUUUAUUUAGCUGACGGUGCUUCAUCAAUGGUUGUUCAAGCUUUGUCUACGCCUCAAACUUUCAACGUUCGUAAUUUUGGUCAAGUUAACGGAGUAGCUAAUAAAAUUGGUUUAAGUAUUCCUUUGGUAUCUAUCCCAUUUGUUAGUAAUGCUUAUGACUAUAAUUCCAAUACUGGUAUUUUAACAUUGAGAGGUGCAGGUUUAUUAUCACAAAAUUUUAAUAUUGGAUUAGGAUAUGAUAGUUCAAAAUUUGAAAUUGUAACAGAUAAUGGAGCAGGUUUACCAUCAACUUUAUUAGGAUCAGUUAGAUAUAAUGGACCACCACCAAACCCUGGUCAACCAGCACAAUGCAGAGCUUGUAAAGCACCACCACCAAUUCCAGGCUCAGAACCAACAGAAUACACAACAACAAUAACUACAACCAACUCAAAUGGUCAACCAUGGACUCAAACUGGUGUUGUUGAUAUAAGUACUAAUAGUCAAGGUUCAUUUGUUAGUACAACUAGCUUCUUUUCAACUCCAACUUCGUAUACUACAACUUGGACAACAACUGAUCAAAAUGGAGCUACAACCACAGAAUCAGGUAUAGUAAGUCAAUCAGGAACCUCAUUAACAACUGUUACUACUUUCCCACCACCAGUAACUACUGAAUUUACAAGUACUUGGACAGUCACUAAUUCAGAUGGAUCAGUUGAAACCGAAUCAGGUAUUGUUAGUCAAUCAGGAACCUCAUUAACAACAGUUACUACUUUCCCACCACCAGUAACUACUGAAUUUACAAGUACUUGGACAGUCACUAAUUCAGAUGGCUCAGUUGAAACCGAAUCAGGUAUAGUUAGUCAAUCAGGAACUUCAUUAACUACUGUCACUACUUUCCCACCGCCAUUAACUACUCAAUUUACAAGUACUUGGACUUUAACAAAUUCAGAUGGAUCAGUUGAAACAGAAUCAGGUAUNACCAAUGGAUCAGUUGAAACAGAAUCAGGUAUUGUUAGUCAAUCAGGAACCUCAUUAACAACUNUAACAAAUUCAGAUGGAUCAAUCGAAACCGAAUCAGGUAUAAUUAGUCAAUCAGGAACUUCAUUAACAACUGUCACUACUUUCCCAGCAUCCGUUGAACCAGCAGUUACUACUCAAUAUACUACAACUUGGACUUUAACAAAUUCAGAUGGAUCAAUCGAAACCGAAUCAGGUAUAGUUAGUCAAUCAGGAACUUCAUUAACAACUGUUACUACUUUCCCAGCAUCCGUUGAACCAGCAGUUACUACUCAAUAUACUACAACUUGGACUUUAACAAAUGCAGAUGGAUCAGUUGAAACCGAAUCAGGUAUAGUUAGUCAAUCAGGAACUUCAUUAACUACUGUUACUACCUUCCCAGCAUCUGUUGCUCCAGCAGUUACUACUCAAUAUACUACAACUUGGACUUUAACAAAUGCAGAUGGAUCAGUUGAAACCGAGUCAGGUAUAGUUAGUCAAUCAGGAACUUCAUUAACUACUGUCACUACCUUCCCAGCAUCUGUUGCUCCAGCAGUUACUACUCAAUAUACUACAACUUGGACUUUAACAAAUUCAGAUGGAUCAGUUGAAACCGAAUCAGGUAUAGUUAGUCAAUCAGGAACUUCAUUAACUACUGUUACUACUUUCCCAGCAUCUGUUGCUCCAGCAGUUACUACUCAAUAUACUACAACUUGGACUUUAACAAAUUCAGAUGGCUCAAUUGAAACCGAAUCAGGUAUAGUUAGUCAAUCAGGAACUUCAUUAACUACUGUUACUACCUUCCCAGCAUCUAUUGCUCCAGCAGUUACUACUCAAUAUACUACAACUUGGACUUUAACGAACUCAGAUGGAUCAGUUAAAACAGAAUCAGGUAUAGUUAGUCAAUCAGGAACUUCAUUAACUACUGUCACUACUUUCCCAGCUUCCGCUGAACCAGCAGUUACUACUCAGUAUACUACAACUUGGACUUUAACAGAUUCAGAUGGAUCAGUUAAAACAGAAUCAGGUAUAGUUAGUCAAUCAGGAACUUCAUUAACUACUGUUACUACCUUCCCAGCUUCUGUUGCUCCAGCAGUUACUACUCUGUAUACUACAACUUGGACUUUAACAAAUUCAGAUGGCUCAAUCGAAACCGAGUCAGGUAUAGUUAGUCAAUCAGGAACUUCAUUAACUACUGUCACUACUUUCCCAGCUUCCGCUGAACCAGCAGUUACUACUCAGUAUACUACAACUUGGACUUUAACAGAUUCAGAUGGAUCAGUUAAAACAGAAUCAGGUAUAGUUAGUCAAUCAGGAACCUCAUUAACGACUAUAUCAAAAUUCCCUACAAUUACUUCAGGACCAAUUAUUUGUAGAAGAGAUGAUGUUGAUUGUAUUAGUGUUGGUAUAUUUACUACUACAUGGACAACCACUAAUCAAGAUGGUUCCGUUGUUAUAGAAUCAGGAAUAGUUUCAAAAUCUGGUGAUGCUUUAACUACAAUUUCAACAUUUGCUCCUCAAUUAUCAUCAGCUGUUGGAGGUGGAGAUUACACUACUACAUGGACAACUACUAAUCAAGAUGGAUCCGUUGCCACAGAGUCAGGAAUAGUUUCAAAAUCUGGUGAUGCUUUAACUACAAUUUCAACAUUUGCUCCUCAAUUAUCAUCAGCUGUUGGAGGUGGAGAUUAUAUUACUACAUGGACAACUACUAAUCAAGAUGGAUCCGUUGCUACAGAGUCAGGAAUAGUCUCAAGAUCUGGUGAUGCUUUAACUACAAUUUCAACGUUUGCUCCUCAAUUAGCAUCAGCUGUUGGAGGUGGGGAUUACACUACUACGUGGACAACCACUAAUCAAGAUGGAUCCGUUGCUACAGAGUCAGGAAUAGUCUCAAACUCUGCUAAUGCUUUAACUACAAUCUCAACAUUUGCUCCUCAAUUAUCAUCCGCUGUUGGAGGUGGGGAUUACACUACUACAUGGACAACCACUAACCAAGAUGGAUCCGUUGCUACAGAGUCAGGAAUAGUCUCAAAAUCUGGUAAUCCUUUAACUACAAUUUCAACAUUUGCUCCUCAAUUAUCAUCCGCUGUCGGAGGUGGAGUUGCUCCAACUUUAAUUUCUUCUGAUUCUACUGAUCAACCAGCUUUUAGUAGACCUGCUGCUCAAAAUGCAAAUACCAACACUGCUGGUUCAAAUAGUCAAGGUGAAGGUCAAUUUCAAGCCACUUCAGCUGCAAAUAAUCAAAAUCAAUCUACCGAUACUGUAAUAACAAAUGGUCAAAACCAAGUUCAAAAUCAAGGCACUGGUACUUCAACUAAUUCAGCUUAUACAACUGUUGCUGGUGACUCAAUUUCAGAAUCAAUUCAUUCAGCUCAACAACUUAUCAGCUCGAGCUUCUCAACAACUUUGAGUGAACAAUCCAUCAGCCUUCAAACAUCAGCAUUAACUGUUAGUACGUAUCAAGGUUCAGGUGCAGUCAUGAAAGUUUCAUCAAUCUUAAGUAUAAUUUUUACUAUACUUUCCAUAAUGCUUUAA